AUUCUGAGAUUUUUCCAGCAAUUCCUGUCAAAGAUGGAGAACUCCUUUAAGCAGCCAUCACCUUGGGAAUGCAGACCAGCAGCUACUGGUGGAAGACAACAACGGCAGAAGAUACGCUCUUUAUUGUUGUGAUGUGUCUGUCAAGGCUGGACAUCCUGCUAAGAACUUCAGGCUUAUAGAGACAGAAACCAUCCAUUCCAAGUAUCCCAUCCAUGCUGCCAUCAGCGUUUUGAAGUUUUUGGAGUGAUGUGGGGACAAGGUGUUGUUUUGUAUUUCCAGGCCUAGAAAUUGUGAGCCUUGCAUGGAGGCUAUGCUGAGCUGGCACAUCAGAAAUUGCAUUGUGGGCUGCUGUGAGAGGGCAUAUCACAGCACCCUGCCUUUUCCUGCAAGAGCUCCUGCAUUACUUGUUCUGUUAAUCAUAAUGGAAAUACCAUUAAGUUGCUCAUUUUUGCACAGCUGUUUCAAAUACUGUGUUGGCUUCAUGUUAAUAAAGUCACGUUAUAAGCUUGUUAAACGCGAUGGCAGUUUAUUUUAUCUAAAAGUUGACAGUACGACAUUAACUGCUGCAGAAGCAGGCAGCAGCGAUGCUGAUCUUUGGUCUAAGGCAGCAGCUUUUGCCUCCGCUGCCUCUUUCCAUCCUGCACACCCAGUGCAGAAGCAAAGCUGCCCUGGGAGGUGAGGAGAGACCGGGCAGCAUUCCCUGCUGGAGACUGAGGGGAAACGUCCCGAAGUGGCUGCCGCAGUGUAGGGAAGGGUGGAGCCGGCAGAGGGAACAUUUCCCUGCCUGGCCUGGGGCGGAGGGAGGGCUUGGAGAGGCAGGGCUCGCAGGACCCUGGGCCGGGUGCCUGCCUCUGGUUUUACUUUCGGUUCUCUGCUCUCGCUGCAGCCAUGGCCAAAGCUCGGGAGGGAUGUGGAGGGGCUGGCAGCCUGGAGGCCGAGCUCACCUGCCCCAUCUGCCUGGAGCUGUACGAGGAGCCGAUGUCGCUGAGCUGCGGCCACAACUUCUGCCGGCCGUGCAUUGAGGAGGCGCUGUACUCGCAGUGCCUCAGGACCUGCCCCGCAUGCAUGGCCGACCUGGGUGUCACCUUGGAGCUACAGAGCAACUUCAAGCUGGGCAACAUCGUGGAGGCAUUUAAGGCCACCACUUCCAAAGGACAGCAGGCUCGAAGAGAAAGCCUCCAGCAGGACGAAGGCGCUGAGAAGGAGAAGACGGACGUGGUUCCCUGUGAGCAGUGCCUGGAUGGGCCCCAGCCGGCCGUGAAAACCUGCCUGAUUUGCGAGGCGUCCCUGUGCCAGGCCCACCUGAGCAAACACAACGCCAGGGAUUUCCAUCAGGAACACAUCCUGGUGGAGGUGGGAACAGGCAAGGCGGAGGAGAGGAGGUGCCGGGAUCACGGCAAGCUGCUGGAAUGUUACUGCCUGAGGGAGGAGAGGUGCAUCUGCGUGCUCUGCUCCGUGGCCGGCGACCACAAGGGCCACGAGGUCAUCACCAUGAAGGAGGGACACGACGAAGAGCUGGUUAAACUCUCCAACACCAUGACAGACCUGCAGGAAUCUAAAAGUGAUUUAGUUACUGCCUUAGAAGAGCUUCAGGAAAGCGAGAAUCAGAUCAAGAACAAUGCCAAAACUCUGACUGCUGACCUAAAACAGCUGUUUAAAAGUAUAAAGGCAGAGCUUGAUAAGAAACAGAGAAUGAUCCUGAGUGACAUUCAGUCUUACGAGGAAGAAGACCUGGCAGUCAUUGCCAACACAAGGAAAGAAAUGGAACAGAAGAGAGACCAGGCUGAGCAGAAUCUUCAGGCUUUGCAGAUGAUUAAAGAGCAACCAGAUAUUUUCCUCUUCUUCAGAGAUCUGAAAGUGGUUACAGACAGGAUUGCGAGUCUGGAUCUGGUCACUGAGAAUGUGAAGGUGGAGGAAGUGCAGCUGAAUGACAUACUGAUGACGUGGUACGAAACCCAGAAAAUGAAGUUUUUGUUGCACCUGGACUAUCUGCUGGAUGACAUCCGCGAUCAAAAUCGCCAAGUAAAUAAAGAGGAACAGCGAGGCUUCCCCUACUGAUACCUCUCCAGAAUAGAGUGUAACCUCAGGGCACAGCUCUCCACAUCUGCACUGGGCAGAAAUCUCUGGGAACUCACCAUGGAAAUCAUUUAUCCUCGGCCUGAGGGAGACACUGGGUUUGCUUCAGCACUCAGGAAAACUCUGAACCUGUUCCAAGGAAAGACCACGGAGGGGUUCCCACCAGCUGGGCAGGAGCUGGAGCAAACCCAGUACCUGAAAAGGUUCCCUAGAUAAAUCCAAAUGCUGCAGGAGAUAUGAAAAGUGUGAACAAUAUUUCUCUGCAGAUAGCACUCCUCCAGUGCUCAAAUCUGCUGGGCACAGCAGGGCAUCUUUUCACCAAGCUUUUUAAAAUAAAUGUUAUUUAGAAGUUAUACAAAAGAUUUUUUUUUAAAUUAUUCUUUUAAUUGCUGCAACUGAAGUUCAGUUUGCAAAUUAUUAUCUUCUUAAUUUGUAAAUUGAAAAGAAAAUCUUACUUUCUUCACUGCUUUUUAACUUUUGGAGCAAAUAUAGAGGUAUAUUUUUUAAUCAGUGCAUAUGUCCAUUAAUUUGUCUUGUGAGCUCAGUCAGUGGCUGUGCUCUACACAGAACCAGACAGUCACUCAAAACACGUCAGGGAGAAAGAAAUAUUUUUUUUCUGAGACAAGGCAAUGCUCUACUUGGAAGCGGCUUGUCAAAUAUGUUAUAAAAUAUUACUUUUUUUUACAAAAAGUGAAACUUUUUCAUCUUGUUUAUUCCUACUGCAGGAAAACAUUGUUGAGAAGGAGCAACAUACAUUUGACAAUUUUUAUUCUCUUAGGUCCAGAUGUAAAGGAGAUGUGAAAAACAGAUGUCAGAACUGAGAUGGAAAGAAAAACCUAAAUACUAUCCAAAAUUACCUCUAGUAAUGAGAACCUGCCACGUGUUUUGAUCUCCCCUCCCACCUUGAAUUCAAAUAAAUUCUGUAACAUAUGACAAUUUUUUGUAAGUACUAAGAAUUAAUAAUAAAAUCUCCAACUGCUGCUGCAUUGCAAACUGUG